CCCCGCGGCGCUGCACAUGGCGGCGGAGGCGGGAGGGUGGCGCGCAGCGGGCGGGAGGAGGAGGAGGCGCCGGCGAGGCCGGGCGGGCAGGGAGGAGGACUUCGACGAGGAGGAGAGUGGCGCGAUCGUGCGGCGGCUGCGGGAGGCGCGGGACGAUCUGCUGAGCUGCGGCUUCUGGACCGCGAGCGCCGGAGCAGUUCAGGCCCCGCUGGAUGGCAGUGCGGAGCCACCCACCCGCUGUGUCUGCUACGGGCUGGGGCGGUUCAGUACAAGCCCUGCUGCUCGGGACCAGCUUGCCUUCCUGCUGCUGCUGCUGGAGGAACUGCGGGUGCCCCCUGGGCAGUGUGCCCUGUUUGACCCAGUCUUCUCAGCCCAGGAGGCAGCUGUGCUGGAGCAGCUGGGGCUGCAGCUGCUCACGGACAAUGAGGAGGGGAAACACGCCGUGGAGGGAUCGGCCACCCUGUUUUACAUGGUGCACUGCGGGAAAGCCCUGUACAACAACCUCCUGUGGAGGAACUGGUCUGCAGAGGCACUGUCCAAAAUGGUCAUCAUCGGGAACAGCUUUAAAGGAACUGAGGAAAGACUCUUGCCACGAAUACUGGAGAGAGAUUACUCUUACAUAGCGAAGGUCUUGAAAGGGACAGAGGAGGUGGCGCUCCCUGACCACCCUCGGUACCUGGACACCUUUAACGACACCUCGGUCCACUGGUUUCCCUUGCAAAAACUGAAGGAACUCUCCCCUGAGGUCUGGGACUUUGUGGAGGAGCCAACGUACCCAGAUUGCGACGAUGUGGAGAUCAUCAGGAAGGAAGACAGAGCUGGUGGGUGCAAUACUUCUGCCGUGGAGUCCUGACUGUACUCUGCGGGGGCAGGGGGACCAUGGGGCUGAGUCUCUUCCCACAGCAGCCUCUGUGCAUCUCAGAUGAAGCUCAAGCACUGACUGCGUUAUCAAUCUCUGCCAAAAAACGGUAGCACCUGAACACUGAGGGUGAUGGGAUAUUUUUGUAUCUUUAUUGUUUAAUAAAAGGUGAAGCUGU